GCUGGAAGAGAGUAAAGGGCUGUUGUUAAACAGUUUCUUACCGUAAGAGGGAGUUCAGACCUAGAUCUUUCCAGUUAAUCACACAACAAACUUAGCUCAUCGCAAUAAAGAGCAGCUCAGAGCCGACUGGCUCUUUUAGGCACUGACUCCGAACAGGAUUCUUCCACCCAGCCAUCUCCUCAGCGGGAUCCGCCAGCAAGCCCGGCAGCACCAUGUGGGUGACCAAACUCCUGCCAGUCCUGCUGCUGCAUCAUGUCCUUCUCCAUCUCCUCCUGCUCCCCAUCGCCAUCCCCUAUGCAGAGGGACAGAAGAAAAGAAGAAAUACAAUUCAUGAAUUCAAAAAGUCAACAAAGACUACUUUGAUCAAAGUAGACCCAUUACUGAAGAUAAAAACCAAAAAAGUGAACACUGCAGAUCAAUGUGCUAAUAGAUGUACUAGAAAUAAAGGACUUCCAUUUACUUGCAAGGCUUUUGUUUUUGAUAAAGCAAGAAAACGAUGCCUCUGGUUUCCUUUCAAUAGCAUGUCAAGUGGAGUGAAAAAAGAAUUUGGCCAUGAAUUUGACCUCUAUGAAAACAAAGACUACAUAAGAAAUUGCAUCAUUGGUAAAGGAGGCAGCUACAAGGGAACAGUGUCUAUCACUAAGAGUGGCAUCAAAUGCCAGCCCUGGAGUUCCAUGAUACCACAUGAACACAGCUAUCGGGGUAAAGACCUACAGGAAAACUACUGUCGAAAUCCUCGAGGGGAAGAAGGGGGACCGUGGUGUUUCACAAGCAAUCCAGAGGUACGCUACGAAGUCUGUGACAUUCCUCAGUGUUCAGAAGUUGAAUGCAUGACCUGCAAUGGGGAAAGUUAUCGAGGUCCUAUGGAUCAUACAGAAUCAGGCAAGAUUUGUCAGCGUUGGGAUCACCAGUCACCACACCGGCACAAAUUCUUGCCCGAAAGAUAUUCCGACAAGGGCUUUGAUGAUAAUUAUUGCCGCAAUCCUGAUGGCAAGCCGAGGCCAUGGUGCUAUACUCUUGACCCUCACACCCGCUGGGAGUACUGUGCAAUUAAAAUGUGUGGUAAGAAAUAUUUUGGACAAUCUCACAGUACUGUGAAUGAUACUGAUGUUCUUAUGGAAACAACUGAAUGCAUUCAAGGUCAAGGAGAAGGUUAUAGAGGCACCAUCAAUACUAUUUGGAAUGGAAUUCCAUGUCAGCGUUGGGAUUCUCAGUAUCCUCACCAACAUGACAUAACUCCUGAAAAUUUCAAGUGCAAGGACCUGCGAGAAAAUUACUGCCGAAAUCCUGAUGGGUCUGAGUCACCCUGGUGUUUUACCACUGAUCCAAACAUCCGAGUUGGCUACUGUUCCCAAAUUCCAAACUGUGAUGUGUCAAGUGGACAAGAUUGUUACCGUGGGAAUGGCAAAAAUUAUAUGGGCAAUUUAUCCAAAACAAGAUCUGGACUAACGUGUUCAAUGUGGGACAAGAACAUGGAAGAUUUACACCGUCAUAUCUUCUGGGAGCCAGAUGCUAGUAAGCUGAAUGAGAAUUACUGCCGGAAUCCAGAUGAUGAUGCCCAUGGGCCCUGGUGCUACACAGGGAACCCACUCAUUCCUUGGGAUUAUUGCCCUAUUUCUCGUUGUGAAGGUGAUACCACACCUACAAUAGUCAAUUUAGACCAUCCUGUAAUAUCUUGUGCCAAAACAAAACAAUUGAGAGUUGUAAAUGGGAUUCCAACGCGAACAAAUGUAGGAUGGAUGGUUAGUUUGAAGUACAGAAAUAAACAUAUCUGCGGAGGAUCGUUGAUAAAAGAAAGUUGGGUUCUUACUGCAAGGCAAUGUUUCCCUUCUCGAAACAGAGACUUGAAAGAUUAUGAAGCUUGGCUUGGGGUUCAUGAUGUCCAUGGAAGAGGAGAUGAGAAACGCAAGCAGGUUCUAAAUGUUUCCCAGCUGGUAUAUGGACCCGAAGGUUCAGAUCUGGUUUUACUGAAACUUGCUAGGCCUGCUGUCCUGGAUGAUUUUGUUAGUACAAUUGAUUUACCUAAUUAUGGAUGCACAAUUCCUGAAAAGACCACUUGCAGUGUUUAUGGCUGGGGCUACACUGGAUUGAUCAACUCUGAUGGUGUAUUACGAGUAGCACAUCUCUAUAUUAUGGGAAAUGAGAAAUGCAGCCAGUAUCAUCAAGGGAAGGUGACUCUGAACGAAUCUGAAAUAUGUGCUGGGGCUGAAAAGAUUGCAUCAGGACCAUGUGAGGGGGAUUAUGGUGGCCCACUUAUUUGUGAACAACAUAAAAUGAGAAUGGUUCUUGGUGUUAUUGUUCCUGGCCGUGGAUGUGCCAUUCCAAAUCGUCCUGGUAUUUUUGUCCGAGUAGCAUAUUAUGCAAAAUGGAUACACAAAAUUAUUUUAACAUAUAAAGUGUCACAGUUGUAGCUGAAGUAAGUGUGUCUACAGCAUCCAUCAAUAUGCUCUUUUUUACAUGAAAAUGUCAGAGAAUGUGGAAUUUAAAAUGUCGCUUAAAACAAUCCUAAGACAACUACUUGAGAGUCACAUUUGUUAAAAUACUCAUUAAUGUUUAUGGGUGUUUUGUUUUGUUUUGUUUGUCAGUGUUAUUUUGUAAAUGUUGAAGUGAAUUAAGGUACAUGCAAGUAUAGUAACAUAUCUCCUGAAGAUACUUGAAUGGAUUAAAAAAUGCACAGGUAUAAUUGCUGGAUGAUAAAACAUUUAAUGGAAAAGAUCAAUUAAUCUCCCUACGCUGCUUCCUAAGAUUAGUUUCUUAAUAAUGAAUAAGCCAUAAGUUAAAUGUUAUUUUAACCUCACCAAAACAGUUUAUACCUGGUGUCCUUAAAUUGUAACCCUAUAAGUGAAUUAUAUUACAUU